AUGGCAAACGGUCGCUCAUCGCAGGAUGAGCGUAAGCUCGAGGGUGGCGCUGCUGCUGCUCCUCCCCAGGACAAUGGUCUCCACCCGGCCUUCUACAUUGCGCUGUGGAUUGCUCUGAGUUCCAGUGUUAUCCUGUUCAACAAAUGGGUGUUGGAUCCUCGCAAGGCCAACUUCAACUUCCCCCUGUUCUUGACUACCUGGCACAUGGUGUUCGCGACUGCGAUGACCCAGAUUCUCGCUCGCUUCACCACCAUCCUCGACUCGCGCCACAAGGUUCCCAUGAACCCGACCACCUACUCUCGCGCCAUUCUGCCCAUUGGAAUCAUGUUCAGUUUGAGUCUGAUCUGUGGUAACCUAGCUUACCUCUACCUGAGUGUUUCCUUCAUUCAGAUGCUGAAGGCCACCAACGCCGUCGCGACCCUUCUGGCCACCUGGGCUUUCGGUAUCGCCCCCACCAACAUGAAGGCUCUCAGCAACGUGCUGGUGAUCGUGUUCGGUGUCGUGAUUGCCUCCUUCGGUGAGAUCCAGUUCGACAUGAUCGGUUUCCUCAUCCAGGUCGCCGGUAUCGUCUUCGAGGCCCUCCGUCUCGUCAUGGUCCAGCGUCUCCUUAGCUCCGCCGAGUUCAAGAUGGACCCCCUGGUCUCUCUUUACUACUACGCCCCCGCCUGUGCCGUGACCAACGGUAUCGUCACCCUCUUCACCGAUCUUCCCCGCAUCACCAUGGGCGACAUCUACGGCCUCGGACUCGGUACUCUCGUUGCCAACGCCCUGGUUGCCUUCCUCCUCAACGCCUCCGUCGUCCUGCUGAUCGGCAAGACCUCCGCCGUUGUCCUGACCAUGGCCGGUGUCCUGAAGGAUAUCCUCCUGGUCGCCGCCUCCAUGAUCAUCUUCCUUGACCCCGUCACUCCUCAGCAGUUCUUCGGUUACUCCAUUGCCCUGGCUGGUCUGGUCUACUACAAGCUCGGUGCUGAGAAGUGCAACAACAUGGUUGCCGAUGUGCGCCUCCAGGUUGGCGAGUACAACCGCGCCAACCCUGCCCGCACCAAGGCCAUCGCCAUCGGUGUGCCUUGCGUUCUCGUCCUGCUGUUCUUGUACAGCAGCGGUCCUUCCGCCGCUCCGGUCACCAACUAA